GAGUGACUAUGCGCACGCCACCUGAAGAGUGGGAGGAGGAGGAACCAGAUGGGGCCAGCCGUGAGGCAGCAGCGCAUCCACGUCACUCUUCACCCCGCCUUGUCCCCUCCUUCGCAUCAGAUGCUGGCGCCCCAGCACCCUCCUCCCCAUCUGCUGAUGGUGCUGUGCCCUUCACUGCGUCACCUUGCACAUCCCCUCCUCCCCCUUCCUCCGUUCCACCGACAGUGCUGUCACCGCUUCCCACUCCUUCUGCCAAUGCUGCUGAUGGUGCUGAUGGCGCUGAUGGUGCUGAUGGUGCUGAUGGUGCUGAUGGUGCUGCCGCACUGCUCCCCUCACCUCCCCCGUCUCCAUCCCCACCAUCCCCAACAGAGGGCGCACCCGCAUUGCUUCCAUCACCAUCCGUAUUGCUGCUCUCCUCUCCAGGAGCUUCUCUGGCAGAACUGGCGUCUGAGCUGGCAGAACUGGCGUCUGAGCUGGAAGAACUGGCGUCUGAGCUGGCAGAACUGGUGCCUGAGCUGUCCGAAGUUGCACCCUCCCCACCAGACUUCGUUCCAUCCUCCCCACUUGAGUCAGCCUCACUGCUUCCAGUGGAGGAUGCCCCUCCAGUCACCUUCUCUUCACUGCUACUGCUCGUGGGCGGGUCCGCUCCUCCUCCACUUUUCACCUUCUCACUGCUCGUGGUGUUUUUUGCACCCUCCCCACCAGAGUUCGCUCCAUCCUCCCCACUAGAGUCAGUCUCACUGCUCCCGGUGGGGGAUGCCCCUCCAUCACUUGGCACCUUCCCCUCACUGCUCCCGGUGGGCGGAUCUGCUCCUCCUCCGCUCUUCACCUCCCCACUGCUCGUGGUGUUCUUUGCUUGCUCUUCCUUCACCUGUUCACCACCCCCUUCCUCUGCCGUGCUUUUUUCUGUCCCACCCGUCCCCUUGUCCCCUUGCCCAUCCUGUGAUGCCUCCUCUCCUCCCGCCCUCCCUCCCUCACCACCCCCCUUUCCCCCCUCCUGUUCAAUCUCCCCCUCUCCUGAGCCUCCCUCUCCUGAGCCCUUCUCGCCUGCGUCGCCCCCCUUCUCCCCACCCGCGUCCACAGUCUCAUUCUUUCCACCCGUCCCCUCCCCCCCGGCCUCCCCCGAACCAGCACCUUCUGUGCCCCCUGCCGCAUCCGAAGAACCACCCUCUGAAGCAGCCUCAUCACCUGACGAAUCCGCCUUUCCAGAAUCCGAGGAGGAACUGGAAGAGGAGUUGGAUGAGGAAUCUGACGAGGAGCUUGAAGAGGAGUCAAAAGAGGAGUCAGAGGAGGAAUUAGAAGAGGAGUCAGAUGAGGAAUUAGAAGAGGAGUCAGAGGAGGAAUCUGAUGAGGAACUCGAAGAGGAAUUCAGAGAGGAGCUGGUCCUUGCCACCACUGCUGCUGCUGCUGCUGCUGCUGCUGCUGCUGCUGCUGCUGCUGCUGCUGCUGCUGCUGCUGCUGCUGCUGUCUCCACUUUCUCCUGA